UACAUACCAUAUACAUAAUGUUGCCAAAGUGUACGACUUUUGGCAAAAGGUUUAGCAAAUUUAGUUAGUCUGAAGUAAGCUAUUCCGAAGCCAUAUAAAUUUUAUGAGGAUAAGCUCCAAACAAAUUCCGUCAUAAUGGCUUAUUCCUGGGAUAACCGUGUCGAUUUUGUCGUUCGGUAUAUGUAUGAUAUUGACAACAAUGGAUUUCUGGACCAAAAUGAUUUUCUUUGUAUGGCAGUAAGAGCAUGUGUCGUAGAAGGAAAAGGUGAUUGCAGCACUGCUCGAUUGGAUGAUUAUAAAAAGCUAAUGAAAAAUUUAUGGGAUGAAAUCUCUGCUAUUGCUGACGACGAUAAGGAUGGCAAAAUAUCCAAUCAAGAAUUUAAGGAUGCUGUAAAAAAAACAUGUGUGGGUAAAAAGUACGAAGAAUUUCCACAGGCAAUGAGAGCAUUCAUUGAAUCAAACUUCAAGCUUCUUGACAUAGACAGCGAUGGAGUAGUCGGAGUUAAAGAAUAUCGUUAUAACUGUAUAACUAGAGUAGCCAUCGACGAUAUUACUCCAAUUGAUAAAGCCUUUGAAACAUUGUUGAAUGACGAGGAUCGGAAACGUGGCGGUCUCUCCCUAGAUCGCUAUAAGGAACUAUAUGGUCAAUUUUUGGGAAACACAGCCGAUAAUCAUCCAGCAGUAAAUCUCUUUGGGCCCUUAUAAACAUGGUUUACAAUUAAUUGUCUUCGCUGUUGUUCAACAACUAUUUAUUAAGUUUUAUUUGUAAUUACUAUGACUUUAAAUUUUCUACCGUAUAGAAAUAAUACAUUCAUAUCAUUUUGUGUAGAAUCGUCAGAUGAGUUCGUUAUAUUUAAUGCUUUAUAAUACGUUAAGUACAA